CGACACAUAGCGAAAACCCUAGUGUCUUUAUUUGAGCCAACGUCGUCUCUCGCUUCACACCCUCAAUAGCUCUCUCCACUCGCCCCUUUUUACCAAUUCCUUAAACCCCUGCGAGUAUCAACCUUCGAGAGAUGAGUUCAGACGAUGAGAGAGACGAGAAGGAGCUGGAUCUUACCUCUCCUGAAGUCGUCACCAAGUACAAGAGCGCCGCUGAGAUCGUUAACAAGGCGUUGCAGGUUGUUUUGUCUGAGUGCAAGCCAAAAGCCAAGAUUGUUGAUAUCUGCGAGAAAGGAGACGCCUUUAUCAAAGAGCAAACAGGGAGCAUGUACAAGAGCGCCAAGAAGAAGAUUGAUCGAGGUGUCGCUUUCCCAACGUGCGUUUCUGUCAACAACACCGUUGGUCAUUUCUCACCGCUUGCAAGUGAUGAGACCCUCUUGGAAGAGGGUGAUAUGCUGAAAAUUGAUAUGGGAUGUCAUAUUGAUGGGUUCAUUUCCCUUGUUGCCCACACACAUGUUCUUCAAGAUGGACCCGUUACUGGACGCAAAGCUGAUGUUAUUGCAGCUGCUAACACUGCUGCUGAAGUUGCUUUGAGGCUCGUUCGUCCUGGGAAGAAGAACCAUGCUGUCACUGAAGCUAUUCAGAAGGUGGCCGAAGCAUAUGACUGCAAAAUUGUGGAAGGAGUUAUUUCCCACCAGAUGAAACAGAAUGUGAUAGAUGGAAGCAAGUGUUUCCUAAGUGUAUCCACUCCAGAAACAAGGGUUGAUGAUGCUGAGUUUCUAGAGAAUGAAGUCUAUGCCAUUGAUAUUGUGGCAAGCACUGGUGAUGGCAAGCCGAAGCUUUUAGACGAGAAGCAAACAACUGUUUACAAGAAGGAUGCGGAUGUUAACUAUCAGUUGAAGAUGAAGGCCUCCAGAUUCAUAUUCAGCGAGAUUAAAGAAAACUUCCCCCACAUGCCAUUCACUGCAAGGUCACUGGAGGAGAAAAGGGCACGUCUUGGACUUGUGGAGUGUGUGAACCAUGGCCAUUUGCUACCAUAUCCUGUACUUUACGAGAAGCCUGGGGAUUUUGUUGCUCAAAUCAAAUUCACAGUUUUGCUGAUGCCAAAUGGAUCCGAUAGGAUCACUUCACAUUCACUUCAGGAGCUUCAACCUACGAAGACCGUUGAUGACCCUGAGAUCAAAGGGUGGUUAGCCUUGGCUAUCAAGAAGAAGAAGGGUGGUGGAAAGAAGAAGAAAGCCAAGAAGGCUGGAGAGAAAGGGGAAACCUCAACGGAGGCUGAGCCAAUGGAAACAAGCAGCAAUGCUCAAGAAUGAGAAGGCGAUGUCUCUUUUGUUUUCUUUUAAAGAUUUUUUUUUUGGAACUUUGAGGUACUGCUUUAUUUGUAUGUUUGGGGGUUUCAGAGAAUCUCUGCUUAGAAGUAAAAAAGAACAAAAAGUUACUUUAUCAUCUUGAUUUCUCUUUUUUUGCACAAACCCUUUCUUAA